AGCGAUAAAUAAAAUAUAAAAGGGCGAGAGCGCAUCGCCUCACCGUUGUUUUCUGUAUGUGUACUGUGUAGCCGACUUUGAGUAGACUAACCUGCUUCAAAGUAAUCAGUAGAGUUCAAAAGAAAAAUGGUGAGGCUCACCGCCGACUUGAUUUGGAAAAGCCCUCAUUUUUUCAAUGCCAUCAAGGAGCGUGAGUUAGAUCUUCGAGGUAACAAGAUUCCUGUGAUAGAAAACUUGGGUGCCACUGAGGACCAAUUCGACACAAUUGAUUUGUCUGACAAUGAGAUUGUUAAGCUUGAAAACUUUCCGCUCCUUAAUCGUUUGGGUACUUUGAUUAUUAAUAAUAAUAGAAUUACGCGUAUCAAUCCCAACAUUGGAGAGUUCUUGCCAAAGUUACACACAUUAGUUCUUACGAACAAUAGGCUUGUUAACUUGGUAGAGAUUGACCCUCUUGCAUCCCUUCCGAAGCUACAGUUUCUUAGUCUGUUGGAUAAUAACAUUACAAAGAAACCGAACUAUAGGCUAUAUGUGAUUCACAAGCUAAAGCAGCUUCGGGUUCUAGAUUUCAAAAAGGUGAAAAACAAGGAGAGACUUGAAGCAAGAAAUUUGUUUGCAUCUAAAGAAGUUGAAGAAGAGGCUAAAAAGGAGUCCACGACAACUUUUACACCAGGUGAGGUACCCAAUGUAUCAGAAGUCACAGAGGAACAACAAACUCAGAAAGUGACUGCCCCAACACCUGAGCAAAUCAUAGCUAUCAAGGCUGCCAUUGUGAACUCCCAGACUCUUGAAGAGGUUGCAAGACUUGAAAAGGCAUUGAAGUCAGGUCAGCUUCCUUCUGAUUUGAAAUUAGAUGCUGAGACUGGGGCAAAUGGCGUUAAAGAGAAGGAUGAGAAUAUGGUCUCCAAUAGUCAGAAUGAGGAUGAUGGUGGGCCAGAAGAUGUGGAGGAACAGAGGGAUAGUGAACCUACAGCCAUGGAACAGGAGUAGAAGGGUGGCUUUGGAUUCCAGUCUCCUCAAGAAAGCUUCUCGUCUCUUUUUCACUCCUUGAUGCUUAUUUAACAGUUGAACUUUUAUUUUUUAGGAUAUUUCUGAGAACUUUAGAUUUCGUGAUUAUGUGCGCAUGCUAAGCCUGAAAAUAGUGCUCCCUUAUUGAGUUAUUCUUGAUGUUUUCCUUCCCCCCUUCUUUUUCUCUUUCUCCUGAGGGGUCCAUGUACCGAUUCCUACCUGAAUUUGAUGGGAUUUAUACAGGUUUACCUAUUUUUCUCUA